UUACUGCUGUGCGUGACAAACGAGCAGGUUUCUGUUUGUACAACACAAACUUUAUUUUUGUUCGAUCAGCUCGAAUAUCAGUGACACUGUUUCUGUUUACCUGAGAUGAAGUUUGCAGCUUUUGCACAAUAAUAUUCUGCUUUUAUCAGUAGAUAAAAGAGGCAGAAGAGAUUUAUUUUUGAAACUUUUUAUAUGGUCUGAGGUGGAAACACCCGCUGCAUCUGCUGCUGCUGCUGCUAAGUUACUGAUCUCAGUACAGAUGUUGAGAAGGAAAAUCCAUUAACACAAUAUUUUUUUUACAACAGCUUCAGACAAACGUUGAUAUUAUUUUUUUGGACUAAACAUGGAGUCAAAGACGCAACAGGAGAAGAUUCUGGCUCUGAUUUUUCUAAUUGCAGGCAGAUGGGUCCCACGACAUAAAGAGCCGGGUUCUGCUCAAGUUUUGUCUGUCCAGGGCGACUUUGUGGAGCCUCCUGAGCCCGACACCUCGCAGGUUUCCCUGGCAGAGAGUCAGACCAGACUCCCCUGUCACUACCAGGAGGAGGAUGGGGAGAAGGUGGUUCAGGUCACCUGGUACAAGGAGCUUCCAGAUGGCACCAAGGACCAGAUCAUCACAGGUCACUUCACGGACGGCCACACAGAAUUUGGGCGUUACUCAGGCCGGGUGAGGUUCGAGAGCAGCACCCCGACACUGAAUGCUGCUCUGCUGAUCCCUAACACCGAGGAGUCGGACGAAGGCAGCUACACCUGCCACAUCUCCACCUUCCCCAACGGAAACUUUGAGAGACACAUCGCGCUAACCGUCUGGAUUCUACCCAUCUCCUCCCUGGACCCGGUGGUCCUCGUAGAGGGUGAGUCGUACCGUGUGGUCGCCUCCUGCCGGGCUGUGGGUCGCCCGGUCCCCCGUCUGUCCUGGGACACCAACCUGCCCGGUCAGCAUCAGGACCGAACCAGUGAGGGUGGCUCCGUGUCCAGCUACUACUCUCUCCACCCUCUGCGCAGCAUGAACGGGAAGAAGCUCGACUGUUUGGUGUCGCAUCCCAGCCUGGAGCAGCCACGGAGGAUCUCCAACCGCCUAGAGGUUCAGUACCCCCCAGAUGCCACCAUCCCCCUGUCCUCAGGCCAAUGGUACACGGGUUUGGAGAAAGCUGAGCUCUCCUGUGAAGGCGGCGGACACCCCAAACCUCAUAACAUCUCCUGGACACGGAAAGGAGGAGCACUGCCAGAUGGGGUGUCCAUAGUUGGAGGGAAACUCAUUUUCGGGCGAGCCCUUCGUAGUAAUGACAGUGGGGUCUAUGAGUGUGUGGUCAGGAACAGUGUGGGAAUUGGAAAAACAGACUACACACUGACAGUAGCAGAGACUUCUCCACGAGGGUCAGAUUUUCGUCCUGAUAACAACCAGCUGCUUAUUAUUAUUGGUGCCUCAGCUGGAGCUCUGGUCCUGGUCCUGGUCAUCAUCGUCCUGCUGGUCAACCGCCACCACCGGCACAGAACCAAAAAGCUUGAAAUGGCGCUCAGUGAAAAAACGGAUGAAAUUAAUACCCUCUCCAGACAGGCCUCCUUCAGGAGAGUGAACUCCGUCAGCACAGACUUCAGGCUGCAGGGUGACGAUUACGCUUUGCUCAGAGUGGAUAGCCGAAUGAAAAAUAGCCAAAUGUCUCUGGAGCGUCCCAUCUACAGGGGCAGCCAGUCCACCCUGGUGGGGAAGUGGGGGCCUCCUGGAGAGGUGGAGGUGGAUGAACUGGGACGUCCUGUCAUCUGGCACGAUGGGAUGAGCCUGAGGAGAUCAGAGAUGGACGGAGAGAAGGAGGAGCGGCGGAGGAGGGUGGAGUUGUACCUGAAGAGCAGCAACAUGUCACUGGACUCGGGUCUCCCUUCAUCUCUGGUUCCCCUGAAGGCCCAGCAGGACGACGCCGUCGGGCCCAGAGACCCGGAGCUGGGUCACGCCAGAGGGGGAGACUCUCCUCGUGGGGAGGGCUGGACUGCCCCCCAGACCGUGGCUGAGGGGCAGGAGGAUGAAGACGACGACAGCAGCAGCUCCAACCAAAUUUCUGAGGCGCUAAACACUCACUUUUACUACAGUGACGGCGUCCUCCGGCCGAGACCUCACUCCAAUGCCAUCCUGCUGCACCCCAGACCACAGAUCAUCUAGCUCAUCAUCAUCCCUGCAUGGACAGUAAAUUUUGUCUUGAUAACAACCCAAACACUGAUCAUUUUUUGCCUCUUAUCUGUGAGAUGUUGACCCUUUAUUGUUAAAUUGCCUUUAUCAGUUAGCUGACAGUCGGGAGAUGACAAGAAAUGAUGGGGAACGGUCCCUGUUUUAUAGGACUCUGGGAUGUUGUAGCUCACAGCAGGGCCACUGCAUAAUUGGAAAGUUUUUGAUUUUAAUUAUUUUAUACAUCCACUAAUGGAGAGUUAAGAGGCUCGAGACUUUUGCCUUUCACCAAACCACGUAAAUGAAAACUCUUUCUGUCCUUUAACUUGCGUGGAAUUAAGGUUCCAGUUACACCAUGUUUGCUCUACAGGGUGCAACAAUUUUGCACACAGAGCUUCUGGUUAAUUCACAUUGACGUAUAAAGUCACAAAGAUGAAUCCUGCCUCUCGAUCGUGGUGCCUUGUUUACAGCAACAACAUUCAGGGAGGACAAUAUGGACAAAACAUGAUCCAAGGACAAAGCAAACUUUACUCUGCUGCUUGGUAUCUCAAGCUCGGAUGCACCUCUGAAUGAGAAGUUAGUGUGUAUUUGUGUAUGUAUUAUAGAUAGAAAUAUAGAGCGGCUGUAUGUUUAUUAUUGUAUCUUUAACAGUUACCUGCAACCACGGAAAGGUCAAAAAAAGCUCCUUUGGAUGAGGAACUGGACAGAUAUUGAACAGCUCAUGGAUAAAAUGCAACAAACCACCAUGGCAUUAAUGUCAUUCUAUAUUCACUUUUUUUUCAUGAACUGUAAAUAUCUUCUGUAUAAAAGUACUGUCAGGUGAUAACACAUUCCUCGAAACUGCAAAAGUGAAAUGUAAAAGUCUCAAUGUUUAUUCAUAAAAGUACAGCUUAUGCAAUUUUUAAAAAACAAAUUGUUCUUUACUGUAAUUUGGGGGGAUUUAAGCUCAUUUCUCCUCAUAAACAAGGGUUAAUGGCUUCAUGAUGUCGUGCAGUAACACAGUAAUGCAGCAGAUGUAUUAAACUGCAGUUGUCCUUGUUCUGACUUACACAUACUUGUUACCUCAGUCAAUGAUGGAAAUAAUUGAAACUGUGGUUUCAUUGUGGAGUUAAGAGUUCAGAUAACUUCUGUAUUAAAGGAGUAGUUUUGGGAAAUUGGCUUUCUUGCCAAGAGUUAGAUGAGGAUUUUUAGUAUCUGAAGGAUAAAUAUGAAGCCAGAAAAAGCGGUUAGCUUGGGAUACAGAUUGUAGGAAGGAGGAACAAGGUGAUUUUCUUCAGUUUUAUCCUCACUUUCAUAGUUUCAGAGACCAGCUGAAGCUCUUUUAAGUCACUCUGCCCAACAUGACACCCCGUAAAACCAGCUUGUCAGCUUUACAUUCUGCCUUUUCUACAGAUUAAACAAGCUUGAUAUAAUGUAUUAUUGAUAACCUUUAGACUUGGUGGUAGGUGCAUUUUUUUUUUUUGUCUUUUGUAGGAACCAGAUUAGCAGUUUCCAGCUUGUAUGCUAAGAUAAAUGACAGGUUAAUCUAUCUUCUCGUCUUAUUCUGCAAGAAAGCAAACAUGCAAAUUUCCCAAACUCUUCCUUUAAGAUGCUGCUGCUCCACUAAGUGAGAACACGGUGAACCUGGCAUGGAUCUGGCUGUCAACUGGUGACCCCCACAAAAGGUAUAGGGUCUUUUUUUUUUUUUUUUUUUUUUUUUAAAUCUCAAUCAUCACCCUUCUGUUUGACCAUCUCUGAUUUGCUUGAAACUUUGUCAUCAUAAAUUAUGGAUGUUUAAAACAGUGUCCAUGGAAUUUUAGAUUCAUAUAUCAAGAAUUUUUUUUCAAAAUUGCCCAUCGAUCAACUUUUUUUUUUUUUUUUUUUGCACAUUGAAAUAUGUGGCUAUGUUUGAACAACAACAUCUCUAGAACUAUUAAAGCCUGAAAUAUUCACCGUUAGUUCUUAUCAUGACAAUGAUUCAAAAUCUGCAAUAUUUAAAGUGUGGGUACAUGUACACUACCGUUCAAAAGUUUGGGGUAACCCAGACAAUUUCAUGUUUUCUAUGAAAACUCGCACUUUUAUUGAUGUGCUAACAUAACUGCACAAGGGUUUUCUAAUCAAUUAGCCUUUCAACACAAUUAGCUAACACAAUAUGCCAUCAUCAAGGACAGUUCACAUCCCAGUUCUCAACUUUUUGAUCUGUUGCCCUCUGGAAGGUGUAACAUGUAUUAAAGCGAGGACAAACAGACUACAGCUUCUUUCCGAGAGCCAUCACCACCCUGAACUCUCACGUCUGAUGUCUCACACCCAGCCAACAACGUGAAAUGUGCAAUAUACACCACUGCCUCAUUCACUGUUAUUUAUAUUCACUGUUAUUUACACUGUAUAUUUGUAAAUAGACUGUUUGCACUAUCUUUAAGAUUUCUUUUGCACUGAAUAGGAGAAGCUCUCCAAUCUCGUUAUACACUGUAUAAUGACAAUAAAGCACAUUCUAUUCUAUUCUAUUAGAACACAA